AUGGAUUCCAGUGACCUGUGGUUUAAAUCCGAAUUGGAGAUUGCUGUCCUGUUCGCACCUAUAGAUCCGGUGUGUCGAAUCUGCUCCUUCUCUCACUUUCCGCUAAUGACAUCCGGACGUCUGCUGAACCUUCCUCCUCCGCCAAAGCUACCGGAUCCAGCUCCUCAUCAUAAAUCACCGUCCUUAGCUUCUUCGUCCCAGCCACUGUCUGCUUCCCCGCCGCACCCAUUGCCGUGGUGGCCAAGGUCUUCCGCUCUCUCGGCUUCCGUCGAAAUUUGUGUUGCUGCCUCAGCUUUAUUGUGCCCGCACAAGUCUUCCUCUCACCAACCUCUGUUCAUCUCCGUAUCCUUGUCUCUGCCUCUAGUUCUACCAGAAUCUGCUUCAUUGGAUUGGCCCAACUUGUGUGGCAGAGACCAAAACCAUGACAACUAG